UCCCGCCGCCACCAGAGCUGGCAUCGCCCCCUCCCCGCUUGCCCAAGGUGUGGGGAGAGGGCCCCCGCCAGGGCGCGCAGGCGCAGACGUCAACUGUGCUUGGCCGAUACUUGGCAAGGCGCCCGUCACGUGAGCCGCGCGCCCGCUCUGCUCCCUCUCCUCCCAGCAGGGCUGUGAAUGAAGCUCAGCCGGCUACGUGGGGCGCUAGCUCAACUUGGUGUUCUGGGCGCCAGAGCCAACUGAGCGCCCGGCCCGCCAGCCGCGGACACGGGCUCCACCGCUCCAGAUCUCGGCGACAGAGCAAAUCAGUUUCCUGGACUGCCAAGUGAAGCUGUACAUGUGCGCCUGAUAACGUCAGUGUAAGCUACCUCGACUAAGUGAAGGAAAUCCAGAAGUGUGGAGCAUAAAAGCCAGGUUGGGGCUUGAACAUCUGUCAUAAAGUAAGACCAUACUGCUGCUGUUCCAUCUAUAUCCCGUUAAGGCCUCCCUACAAAACUGGGGUGCUCUGGGAAACUCAGGCUGUGACCCCAACGUGGGAGUGGAUAGGAUCAACAUGGCCAUGUGGCAGGGAGCCAUGGAUAAUAGAGGCUUUCAGCAGGGAUGUUUCAAUAGCUUCCAGAGCAGCUCCAGUGAUGAAGACUUGGUGGACAUACCAGGGACAGCUAUGAAUUUCUCCCUGAGAGAUGAUGUUCCUCCCUUAGAUGGAGAAAUAGAAGAGGACAAGUCAUACAAUGGUGGAGGAAUAGGUUCUUCAACUAGGAUGAUGGAUUUCUUGGAGGAGCCAAUCCCCGGUGUGGGAACCUAUGAUGAUUUCAAUACAAUUGAUUGGGUGAGAGAGAAGUCUCGAGACCGGGAUAGGCAUCGAGAGAUUACCAAUAAAAGCAAAGAAUCAACAUGGGCCUUAAUUCACAGUGUGAGUGAUGCUUUUUCUGGCUGGUUGUUGAUGCUACUUAUUGGGCUUUUAUCAGGUUCCCUAGCUGGCUUGAUAGACAUCUCUGCUCAUUGGAUGACAGACUUAAAAGAAGGUAUAUGCACAAAAGGAUUGUGGUUUAACCAUGAACACUGUUGCUGGGACUCUGAUCAGGUCACUUUUGAAAACAAAGACAAAUGCCCAAAGUGGAAUAGCUGGUCUCAGCUUCUCAUCAGCACAGAAGAGGGAGCCUUUGCCUACAUAGUCAAUUAUUUCAUGUACGUCCUCUGGGCUCUACUGUUUGCCUUCCUUGCCGUGUCUCUUGUCAAGGUGUUUGCACCUUAUGCCUGUGGCUCUGGAAUCCCUGAGAUAAAAACUAUCUUGAGUGGUUUUAUUAUUAGGGGCUACUUGGGUAAGUGGACCCUGAUUAUCAAAACCAUCACGUUGGUGCUGGCAGUGUCUUCUGGCUUGAGCCUGGGCAAAGAGGGCCCUCUAGUGCACGUGGCUUGCUGUUGUGGGAACAUCCUGUGCCACUGCUUCAACAAAUACAGGAAGAAUGAAGCCAAACGCAGAGAGGUCUUGUCGGCUGCAGCAGCAGCUGGUGUAUCUGUCGCCUUUGGGGCACCUAUUGGCGGAGUAUUAUUCAGCCUUGAAGAGGUCAGCUACUAUUUCCCCCUCAAAACACUGUGGCGUUCAUUCUUUGCUGCCUUGGUGGCAGCAUUUACCCUACGCUCCAUCAAUCCAUUUGGGAACAGCCGUCUGGUUCUAUUUUACGUGGAGUUUCACACCCCAUGGCAUCUCUUUGAGCUUGUGCCAUUCAUUCUGCUGGGCAUAUUUGGUGGUCUGUGGGGAGCUUUAUUUAUCCGCACAAACAUUGCCUGGUGUCGGAAGCGUAAGACCACCCAAUUGGGCAAGUAUCCUGUCAUAGAGGUACUUGUUGUGACAGCCAUCACUGCCAUCCUGGCUUUCCCCAAUGAAUACACCCGAAUGAGCACAAGUGAGCUCAUUUCUGAACUAUUUAAUGACUGUGGCCUUCUGGACUCCUCUAAGCUCUGUGAUUAUGAAAACUAUUUCAACUCAAGCAAGGGUGGUGACCUGCCUGACAGACCUGCUGGUGCGGGAGUCUACAGUGCCAUGUGGCAGCUGGCCUUGACACUCAUAAUGAAAAUUGUCAUUACUAUAUUCACCUUUGGCAUGAAGAUCCCUUCUGGUCUCUUUAUCCCUAGCAUGGCUGUUGGUGCUAUAGCAGGUCGACUUUUAGGAGUAGGAAUGGAACAAAUGGCUUAUUACCACCAUGACUGGGCCAUCUUUAAUAGCUGGUGUAGCCAAGGAGCUGACUGUAUCACUCCUGGCCUUUAUGCGAUGGUUGGGGCUGCAGCCUGCUUAGGUGGAGUGACUCGGAUGACUGUUUCUCUGGUUGUCAUAAUGUUUGAACUAACUGGUGGCUUGGAAUACAUUGUGCCUCUGAUGGCUGCAGCAAUGACAAGCAAAUGGGUGGCAGAUGCUCUUGGGCGGGAAGGCAUCUAUGAUGCCCACAUCCGUCUCAAUGGAUACCCCUUUCUUGAAGCUAAAGAAGAGUUUGCUCAUAAGACCCUGGCAAUGGAUGUGAUGAAACCCCGGAGAAAUGAUCCUUUGUUGACUGUCCUUACUCAGGACAGUAUGACUGUGGAAGAUGUAGAGACCGUAAUCAGUGAGACCACUUACAGUGGCUUCCCAGUAGUGGUGUCCCGGGAGUCCCAAAGGCUUGUGGGUUUUGUCCUCCGAAGAGAUCUCAUUAUUUCAAUUGAAAAUGCUCGUAAAAAACAGGAUGGAGUUGUGAGCACGUCCAUCAUUUAUUUCACUGAGCAUUCUCCUCCAAUGCCACCAUACACUCCACCCACUCUAAAGCUUCGGAACAUCCUGGAUCUCAGCCCCUUCACUGUGACUGACCUUACCCCCAUGGAGAUCGUUGUGGAUAUCUUCCGCAAGCUGGGACUGCGGCAGUGCCUGGUUACACACAAUGGGCGACUGCUUGGAAUCAUUACCAAGAAGGAUGUGUUAAAGCAUAUAGCACAGAUGGCGAACCAAGAUCCUGAUUCCAUUCUCUUCAACUAGAAUGAAAGGAUUGUGCUGGAUACAAAACAGGAAGGACAUUGCAGACCGUGGAUAUAUUUUAUUAACUGGGUACCCAAAACACAUUUCCCAUAUCUGGAUGGUGAAGUUAUAUUAGUGUGUUGUCUCUUUCCUACAAGUUAACCAGUUGCACUACAUAAUAAUUUCUGGAAGUUAAUCUCUUUAGGAGAAAAUGCAGUUAGACUUCUGUGAUGUUGCAUUACAAAGAUUUCAUGAAAGAGUAAAUAAGAUUGCUAUGGUUUAAUUCUUUUUCUUUUUUUAAAAGAUUUUUUAAAAAUUUAAAACGAUUGUUAGCCAAUAUGCAAUCACUGAAAACUAUGCAAGGAAAAUGUUGACCGUCCUAACUGAUAGCCUGCAGGAAACUCAUGAAAAAGUCACUUUUUUGGGACUCUAACUAUCAUUGGUGGAAGAUGAAGUGUAAACUAAGGGGCUUUGCUUUUCCAAUCACAGAAAAGAAAGCCAGAAGGAAAAUAGUAAUGGCAUUUUCCAGACUGUGAAAAUUCAGUUCAAAUGUUAUCUUGCUCCUGUUACAAUAUUUAGCAUUAUUAGUUUGUGUGUAUAUGUGUAUGUUAAUUUUAAUACCUGAUUAUAAGACAAUGCUGCUUUGGUUAAUCUCUAAAUGAAUUUAGAGAGGUUGAUUUUACGGCUUGCUUGUUCCUGGUACUCUUUUGAAGUGCACAAAGAUAAGUUAUAGAGCUUUCUCCUUGUCUGCUCUAAGAAGGGUAAUUUUCCAGAUGGUAUUUGUUUGCUAGUAGACAAGGACUUUGCCAUGCAUUUAUUAGUAGCAAGGAAUGAUUUCUCCAGAGGAAUGAUUAGUGAAGUUCUAAGUAAAGUCAAUGACUAGGAACUUUAAAUUUUGUGAGGUUCCAACUCAUUCUCUUACCCAGAUGCCACCUCCAUGAGUGAUGGUGCUUUAGGCUUCUGGAAUAUGUAAGAAUAUUCUGCAUACUGGUAAACUAGGGAAGAUUCAGAGCUGUAUCUGCAUUCUCAUGCAUUCCUUCAUAAAGACCACCAGUACUAAAAUAACUGGACACCCAUGCCUCCUCUUAGUGUGAAGUACGUAGAACAGGCCAGUAUUGUUCCUGUGAACAUGAAUUUAGGCUCUGGGUACUUUCAAAUAUAUUCAAGGCAUUGAAACAGAAUAGGCAGUUGUGACUCCCUUGCAGCUCCUUAGAAUUCUGAAUGAAAUGCAGAACCAUCCAAAGACCCAAGAGUGUGGAUAAGGCCUGGUAACACCAAAGGUGCUCGCAUCCAAUUGAAAAGGUGCCUGUCUGAAUUUCCUACCACUUUAACUGCAGUAGAAAACAUCACAGUCUAGGGACACCUGGUGGAAUUACAGAGCCACCACCAUCAUUCCGAUCAUGGUUUCAUUUUCUACAGUAUUACCCACGUGUAGUUGUUCCCCCUCAAUUCUUUGCCCCUUCCCACUCCUCAGUCCCAAGUUAAUCAUUCCUAUUACAAAAAAUAAUUCCCAGGGCUAGUUAAAUUAUAAACCAAGCCUCAGUAAUCUUUUGGCACAUGGACCAGAGGUAACACACAGCCGUUGGCUCUGUUCUAUAACCCAGUCACUGUUACCAUGCCUCAGUUUCCACACCAAUGCCCACAGCAGUGAGACUUAACUGCCAGGGGUGAAAGUUCAGCCUUUCCCAUUUUACAAGUCUGUUCCCAGUGCUUCUCUCCAUCCUUCUAGCCUGGAAUCAGCAGUCACUCAGCAUGUCCUUCCCAGCCCUCCACCUCCCUUCCCCAAACACUUCAUACCUCAUUUUAAAGCUGCUGAUCCCAGAGUCUAAGCUUUUUUUAACCCUUAGUUCUUAUCUUUCCCAAAUAUGAAAUUAUAUUAUUAUCUAGAACUAGGUAGUCAAGGCUUAAUUUUACUUUGUUCUUUAAAAUAUCAAAGCAGUCCAGAGUUUCUUAUUUUAAGUAUAUCACUCUAGCAUUUUAAUGAAAACGAAAAAACUCUAGGAUAUAUUUUAUGAUAGUCAUAACUCAGCAACUUUACAUCUUUCGUCCCUUCCAUAUUACUGAUUCACUUGCAUGAGAUGUGGCUAUUUUGCCUGACCACCCCUUUACAUUGUGUAGAAAUCAAAGUUCUUAUCUGUAAAUUUAUGGAUCAUUGCCUAUCUUAUUAGCUACCAAACUAAAGUUUGCAAAACAGGAAAUGUUAGUUUUUCUGGUAUUUGGUGACAAUGAAAGAUUUGGUUGUAUUUCAUAGUGCAGCAGCGAUAUGGAGGGACUUCUAAGUUUGCCUUUGUGUUUCUUCUAGGCUCCGUUUAUAAUUUUAGACAGAUGAGCCAGUGUUAAGGUGCUACUUCAGAGACUAAAUUCAAGAAAUCAGAUAACACUGUGCCAAGGUAAACUUUUAGAUGCUAAGAACCGAUUGGCCCUCCAGAGAAUAAUAUCCCUUUGAUACCUCACUCCUGAUAAGUUUCAUCCAUUAACCUCAGCUUCUCAGGAAUCCAUGUAACUCAUAUGCUAGAAGUAGCUAUAAUGUAUGGUAUGCAUUAUAUGUCAAAUCCUAUGGUUUGGCUCAAAGGUUGGCUAAUUGCAGCUAGAGCUCCCUGCUAGACUGCUAACUCAGCACUUCACCACUCAAGAGUUUCUUGUCUUGAGGCAAAGGAGAAUGUUCUUUCUGACAUUGCUAAUUCAGCAGUUGGACACACUUAGCCAGCAAACAAAGCUGAAUUAGGGAGGCCUGUCAGAUGUCCACAGGCCUCAGUGGCAAAAGACAAGAUAAUCUAUGAUUUAAAAAUGAAUAUGAAUUUAAACUAGUCUAGUUUGGUAUUAACAAAAGGAAAUUGCCCGACACAAGAGAAGGAUUUACCAAAAAAAUGCCAAUAAGCACUUCAGGAUUUUCCGAGGAAUAAUAUCCAGUCAUGAAAGGAAUGAAAAUCUAUAGAUUUGUAAAAGUCUGCUAUAUUUUGUAUCUUCAGAUCUUUAAUGUAAAAAAUUAAUGAACCUCAAGCACUUAAUGGAUGAUUAGUUAUACCAUUAGAGGGAAGAAUUAGGGGACUGAAAAUGCAAAAUAAUGGCCAUUCUCAAGAUCAUUUGUAUUUAGAAGUUUGUUCAGAUACUUUGCUCUUUUCUGGCUCUGGCCUCCUUCUGGCUCAGCCCAGCUGUGGAGCAGAGGUGGUAUAGUCCAUAGAACAGAUAUCCUCUGGUGUAUAAUCUGACACUGACAAUACUUUGGAUUUGCCAGCUGGCAGAAUAAAUGAUUAAUUUGCUGAUUUAACUACAAAGCACUUCAAUUGUUUUUGGUACCAAGGGCUGAAUCCGAAUGCUUUACAGAAAGAACAGAGCACAGUAUAAAUUUCUCUAGCCAGCCUUCAAUUGUGUUUAAACAUGAGGAUGAUAAAGUAAUGGAGACUUAGUGUGGUCUAAGACUGCGAAAUAAUUCUCAAUCAUGUUAUGAACCUGUUCAGGUGUGGGGGAAGCAAAUAUGUUUUUAAAAACUUACCAUAUAAUAGAGUCCAUCAUGGGACAUAAUUGUUGCUCUAUGUUUUAAGUAUUUAAAUCACCUAUCCCAUUUGAGUCUUGAUCUUGGUUUGUUUUGUUUGGUGAUAAGAAGAAAAGUGUACUUGUUACCCUGCAGUAUCUUUUUAAAAUCAUAAGGAGUGCAAUUUUUGAAGCUGAGUUUUUAAUGAUUGUGAAGACAAUAUAGAGAAUUUGAAACAACCAGUGUGUUUUAUAUUGCCAAAGUACUUACUGAUGACUGACCACAUUGUACUGUGAAUUAUUGACUUACCUGCAUUGGAUCAGAGCCAAAUACAUGCAAUCCAUCAGUUCAGAGAAAGCAGGAGAGCAUCUUCCACGGCAGUGCACAGAGUAUUGAGCUCUUGAAAACCCUGAGAAAAAUUAGGAAUUUAGAAAGUAAAGGGGAGGUUGACUAUUGAGUCCUUUAAAAAAUAGAUGUCUAUAUAUGUGCUCUGAAUAUCCUAAAACCUUGACUUUUUUAAAACCAUCUCUGAGAUUGCUUGGAUUCCCUUUGGAGAGGGAAUGGAGAGUUAUGGCAGUGGAAAAGCCCUAGUAAGAAAAAAAUAUGAGUUUAUGUAAGAUGGUGGAAGGAAGGCCAGCCACACAUCUUGGCAUUUAUAAACUGCUUGAUCAUGUGCCCCAAGGGAAAAAAAAGUCAAAUAGUCUUCCAAAGACCAGGCCUUCCAAGCAAAAGUAUUUAGCUAGAGUGAGUCUACUUUUAUGGAAAGGGCUGACAUAAGACAAGACAUCUGCUUUUAAACGUGGGGAGCCACUACUGCCAUUGCCUAAAUGAUAAGCUUUAGGGAGAUUUCCUUGAAUUUUGAUAACAAAAUAUUUUUAAAUCUAUAUUUUAGCCUCCCCAGUAUAUACUUAUUUAUAUUAGAAAGAAAAAUGUGAGGGUUUCUCAGAUCAGAGCUCAGGGAGCUGUGUAAAUUUGAUAGGAAAUCAGUGUAGUAUACCUGUGGUGACCACAGGACUUUUUCUCUGGUUCAAUUUCAGUUGUUUGCUCCGAGGAGAGUUCUUAGAAUAGCAGGUGUUAGCAAAUUCAGGUUAUUCCCCAAACAUUUGCUGGCCAGGGUCUCAUUUCAUAACAUCUGGUCCUGGGUAAAGUUUUCAAGUGAUGUAGGGAACAAAAUUGGUUUUUCCACUGUGUAAUCUGAUUUUUGCCAGAUCACCUAAGAAAGAAAGAAAGUAUUUGAUGUGCAGAGUUUGCGUUUCUUGCAUGGAGCUUAUUGGGUCACUCAGCCCAACCCUGCAGUCAUAAAUUCCUACCUCUAAGUUCCUGCCAAAGGGUCUUCAGCCUAUCUUUGCACACUCAUUGAAUGAAUGCCUUGCUUAAAGAAGGCAUGUGAGACUAUAAAAUUAUGAGGAUUUUAAAAAAUGAUCUUUGCCUCUCUCUCUUCCUUUUAUCCCACCCUCACCCCUUCUUGCCCCCCCCCCCGCCUCUCUCUCUCUUUCUCUCCUUCCUCCCUUAAGUUCAAAAUUUUCUCAAUUGUUACAAGCAUAUUGUUUCAAAUGUGGACCUUGGAGAAAGGAGAGGAUCAUUCUGAAAACAGAAUAGAAGAUAAUUUUGACUUGAUGGGGCCAAUGGCCCUUUGUUCCACUGCAGGGGCAAGCUAGUGGUAUUUAUUGGGAGUGUCAAGGGCUUUAGCAUCCUGAAGGCAUAUAUAUGAAGUAUUCAUUGAUAAACCUUAUUAUUAUGUACUAGUCCAAAUCUAUUGAAAGUCAGAGACAGUCUAGGAUUUGGUAAGUGAAAUGCCACCUGGCAAAAUGGGGACAAGGGAGUGGCCUGAGACGGUUUUAUCAAGGCAGGAAUCUUCAGCCUCAUUAUCAUACUGAGUGUACCUCAAAAUAUAUUGACAUUCAAGAGUGUUCCUUUCCCCUCCUCCAUUUUACUUUAUCCCUUAUCCCUCUUUUCUCUCCCAUUGUCCUGCCUUUUUAGUACUAGCUUUUUAUUAAGUAUUUACUUUUUUAUUAUAUAUUUGUUCCUUUGGGACUAUGUAAUGAUUAAGAAUAUAUUUCAUUCUAGAUAAAAAAUGAUGUGCUUAAUAUUUUGUUCUUUUAAACUGUCUUUUGAAGCUAUGCUGCUAACCAGGUACAGGCCAGAAAGGAGUUGAGCCUGAUAGACAGCACCCAGGUCAUAUCACUUAAGGAUGACAUUGAUGUCAUGAUGACAUUGAUAUCAGUCUUCUUCAUUUGACCAAGGCCAACAUCAUGCUCUUACCUCUGUCCAUUCAUCUCUGGCUAUGGGAGAAAUACCACCCUUUGGGUGAGCCAAUGAGGCCAGGAGGAUCAGAGGGUUCUAGCCCAUGGGCCACUAUAGGAAUAUCUCUGUAAUAAGCUCAUUCAUAGGACCGGCUCCAGCUAUGGUAGCCAAAGAAAAUCUGACUAAACAUUUUAGUUUAUAAGAGUUGGUAGAAGUUUAACUGAAGCUAAUGUAUAGACAUCAACUAGGCAACCAAAGCUAAUGUAGCCUGAGUUUCCACAGGAAGCUGAGCUGUUCAGAGUGUUUAUUUAUCUGAAUGUUGCCAACCCUUAUAGUCACGCUUUCUUAGCUUUAUUCUAACUUUUAGAGAUGUUGGUCCCUGUUCAUAGGUACAGCCUGUACCAAAGCUGUGAGUCACUGCUCACUUCAUUCUGCUCCUUGAUCAUGCAUAGCAACAGUCUAAAAAGGAAGACAUGGGCUGGGGAGUUAUUUAUUCCCUAUGCUUCUACUAACUAGCCUCGAGAUCUUAACCGUUCUGUGCCUCAGUGUUCCCAUCUGUAAAAUGGGGAUAGUGUUAAUUGCCCUACCUACCUCACAGGGUUGUUGUGAGGAUAAAUUGAGACAAUGAAUGGAAAGUACUUUGACUAGUAAGUGCUAUGCAAAUUGUAUGAAAUGGAAAUAAUCAUGUUAAAGGCAAUGGAAUGGACAUUGGCAGAAGGGUUAAUGGGAUUGUCUAGUCCUUUCUCUGUGUGGCUUAAACCCAGGUUGCCAUUGCUUUAUACAUUUCCACUUAGCACAGAUUUGUAAUUAUGCAUGUAAUAAAGCACAGCCUUAUCCAA